UUCUUUGACAUUUAAUGUCAUUUAAUCAAUACAUUCUCGUGUCGACGAGAAAAUUGAUAUUUCUUAUAAUUGAUAUGAAAUAAAACAAUAUAAUGGCAAAAUAUUAUGAAACAACAACUGUGUUUAAUUUCAAAUGGGAUCAAGUGGCUCAAGGAUUUUGGAAUCGAUAUCCAAAUCCACAUAGUCAGCAUGUAUUAACGGAAGACACAUUAGAACGCUCUAUUCAAGAUGGCAAGUUAUAUAGCAAGAGAUUACUAUCGAAAACAAAUCACGUGCCAAAAUGGGGUGAACGCUUCUAUAAUGCAAAGUCCGUCAAAAUUGUAGAGGAAUCAAUAUGUGAUCCUAAUGAAAAAAUUUUAACUACAUAUACCCGAAAUAUAGCAUUUAUGAAGGUUAUGAGCGUGGUUGAAAAAGUUGUCUAUAAAUGCAGUGAUACCGAACCGGAUAAAACUAUUGCCAUUCGAUCAGCCUGGAUUGAUUCACAAGUGUUUGGAUUUUCUAGAGCUAUACGCGCAUUUGGUUGUGAUCGGUUUAAGAAAAAUUGCAUUAAAAUGGUAAACGGAUUUAAUUUUGUUCUAAACUCAAUGUUUCCAGCAUCAAUGACAAAUGCUUUUAAUUCCACUUCCACCACCAAAAGCAUUUAUUUUCGGCAAAAAGACACAACAGUUCGACAAAACAGAAUUUCAAACAAUACAUUGAUGUAAAAUAAAAAUAAAUAAUAAUCUAAAACCGUUUUAUUAUGGAGAAUCAAA